ACACACACACACACACACACACACACGGGUCAGGCAGACUGUGGUUUGUUUAUUUGAUGUCAGCAAUAUGCACUUUAAAAGCUGCUUCCAUUUUUAAACGGCAUAGGCUGUAAAAAAAUCAGCUGUGGAACUUCAAGCUCCGAUACUGUCAAUCAUUAAGGUUGACAUACAAAAUAGGAACAAUAAUGCAAGCAAUGUGACCUCUUUAGUUAUAAUGCAGACAUCUGGGUUUUUAAUAUCACAUAAAUAGGCAUGAUCAAUAGCAAGCAUGUCAUGUCAUCAUCAACAUAAACAAUGUUAAAGUUCAAGUUCACAUUAUUUUAAAUGGAAACCUGCAGGUUAUUGAACCAGUUGCAGUGUAAGUCAGUGUGACGUAAUGGUAGUCAUUAUCUGUUUUACCACAAUAUAAUGGGGACCAACGUUCACCGCCUCUUUGUAUCCUUUAACAAAAACGGUCUCACCGCCUCCAUAUUAACUGUCAAACAGUUUUUGUUGCAUUAGCCUUCACAGUAGUUAGGACAUUAGAUUUUUGUCCUAUCGAUUGCAAAAAUAUAAUACUAAAUAUGUAUUGUUUUCAUCAUAGAUCUUCAGGCUGACUUUAGCCGUCAAAAUAUCUCGAACAGUGUCGCUUGUGUUGUUCACCCUGUUCAAAACCAAAAGCACAUUGAACGUGUGUGUGGGUGUGUUUGUGUGUGUGGGUGUGUUUGUGUGUGUGCGUGUUUGUGUGCGUGUCAGUGGGACAUGGCAAACGGAGGGGACCAGUUCGGCCUUGCAGAGCGUCCGGACUCUGACUCCAUGGAUUCCCCAAAAGAGACCAAACAGAAAAAUCCCGGCUACACCUUAAACUCACCAGCUUCACCGCAGAAAGCGACCAGUCAGCAAGUACCGGCCUGUAAUGCGGACCAGAAUGGGAUGGAAGGAAUCAAAGUUUUCCUCCACGACAGGGAACUUUGGACAAAGUUUGAUGAAGUGGGAACUGAAAUGAUCAUCACAAAGGCUGGAAGGAGGAUGUUCCCCAGUUACAAGGUGAAGGUCACAGGACUCAACCCGAAAACCAAGUACAUACUCCUGAUGGACAUUGUGCUCGCGGACGACCACCGCUACAAGUUUUCAGACAACAAAUGGUCGAUAACGGGAAAGGCAGAGCCCGCGAUGCCCGGGAGGCUCUAUGUCCAUCCGGACUCUCCCGCCACCGGAGCUCACUGGAGCCGCCAGCUCGUCUCUUUUCAGAAGCUCAAACUCACCAACAACCACCUGGACCCCUUUGGACAUAUAAUACUCAACUCCAUGCACAAAUACCAGCCUCGCCUUCACAUUGUCAAGGCUGACGAGAACAACGGCUUCGGCUCAAAAAACACGGCUUUCUGCACCCACGUCUUCUCUGAGACUGCCUUCAUCGCUGUGACGUCCUACCAGAACCACAAGAUUACACAGCUGAAGAUUGAGAAUAAUCCUUUUGCGAAGGGCUUCAGAGGCAGCGAUGACAAUGAGCUGCACCGCAUGGCCAAGCUACAAGGUAAGGACUACCCUGUGGUCCCUCGCAGUACCGUCCGUCAGAGAGCCUGUUCCACCGGCAGUCCCUUCAGUGGGGAGGGCCGGGGUCUGCAUGGAUCUCCCGAAGCUGUCGGAUCCCCCUUCAGCUGCGAGAACGGCUUGAGCAGCGGCAGUCCCCAGGAGCUGCUGAGGGCUCCCCCUGCACACUACACCCUUCCUCAUCGUCAGCUGCAGCACGGCCAACAGCCGCAGGUCUACCACUGCACCAAGAGGAAAGUGGAGAACUGCUCUUCAGGAAACCGGCAGCACCAGUACAGGAAAUCCUUCACCAGAAGCUCUCCUAGUGAGGGCGAGUCUUACUAUCACCCCUCCUCCUAUCCUCCUCCAACCGGUCUACCCAACAACCUGCUCACUGACUCCCCCUACAGCUCAGACAUGGGACAGCGUCAGGCAUGCAUGUUUGCCGGCGCCGAGCCCAGACUGGAUGAACUCAACUGUACAUCCUGGUCAUACACCUGCCCGCUCCCCUCUGCCAUGACCCCAAUGGAAACCUACCCACCUUACACCCCUCAUCCCCCCUACAGCUCCAGCCCUCAGGGCUCCCGACUCAGUGCUUUAGCCCACCAGAGCUCUCCGCCGCUGGGAGAACACAUCACCCACGACCCCUUUCAGAGCCAGACCUCUGGACCUUCUUCUCAGAGCUCCCAAAACAUUCACAGCAGGCAGGUCAGCCCUCCUCUAAGAGAGUAUCCCCGCUACACGCCCAACCUGUCUCCUCCUCUCUACCACACACUAGAAACACACACGCGCAUCAAAUGUGGCGUCCCAGAAUGGAGUGCAGCCUCCUAACUGAACCAGAGGACACAUGCGAAAGACUGACAGAGAUUCCUCGUCUCAAAUUCAGCGACCCUUCUUUUUGCUUCGCUGAAAGAUGCUGCGCCAUAUACGGACUGAAUAUGAUAUGGCCUUUGUAAAAUAUUUGUGAAAAGUGAUUUUGUGCUGUGUGUGGAAGUCUCAUCGUUCCUCAUGUUUCCCCCCUGUGCUGGAUGGAGCAGUGGAUUGUUGAAGUGUUAAAAAAAAAAAAAAAAAGAAUCCGAGCAGCACAAUCGAAGUUGUAGGUUAUUGUCUUUCCAUACUCCAAAGACUUGUGUCAUCCACAUGUUUGCACUGUGAGCCCUGCUAAGGCCAGACCGUGAACAGCACUAGGCUGUUUCCCUCUCAAUGACUCCCACUCUCUCCAUUGUGAAGGAUGUAAAUUGUGACCCACUGUCAGACAGGCAGUAACAUUUACUGACCAAAAUAAUCUCAGCUCUCACAGCAGAGCCCGAGGGAGACGUUGUUUCUCUUUAGUGGAGCAAAGCACAGCUCCAUGCUCAGUCUCAGUGAAGGAGAAAAGGCAUGAGUUGUCUGUGCGUGUGUGUGUUUGUAUGUAAAGCCUAUGUCAGUUCAGCUCAAGGAUGCUAUGAGUUAAUUUCCAAUGAGACAGGCAGUAGUAGCUGCAGGCGCUGCACCAUAGAAAUAAACAGUUUGUUUAGACCAUGCUACAGGCUGAAGGACCUGUAAACACGGCUUCCACUGCAUUCUGGGUAAAUGCACAACUCAGCGUCACCCAACUGUCACCGCUGUCCUUUCAGUCACCCCCAGCUGACCAAUCGGCUUUCUCCGUUCACUGAGAGCCAGCCAAUGAACAAGCGCCUCUCUUUUAUCCCCAGCUGACCAGUCAGAGCUGGAGCGCAGCAUGUUUCAUGUGUGCCUGUGUGCUGGCCCAUUUUAGUUUUGUUUCUGAAUUAUUCAUGAGUCCAGUGUUGAUCCUUGACAUGUGAGGAUUGCUCAGCAAACGUAGAGAAUCACAGUGCUGUAAAUGGGCUAAUGUUGAUUCACCAACUCUUUAAAAUAUUCUUUUUUUACUUUGAAUCGAAAUGCUCCCUGUCGCGUCCAUACAGAAUGUUUCCAUUAAUUGCUGUGACAAGAUUGGGUUAAAUGCAUUUCCCUGUAAAGAAACAUGUGUGUCACCCACUGUGCAAGAUUUUGGUUUAUUGUGUAAUGAAGCAGUUUUUAUGUUUAUGUCCAGGUGUUUUACAUGCAGUAACAUGUGAGAAGGUGCUCUAACAUUACAAACCAUCAGUAUGCAGAGAGCAGAUCCUCAUCAUUCCUUUAUGUGUAUGUAUGUAUGUGUGUGUAUGGGUGUGUCACAAUGAGAUUUUUUAUAGCGUUGUUCCUGCUAAUAGUAUUUAUUACUCUAGAUUUGUAAAGAUUAGUUUGUUGUUAACUUGUGAAACAAGACGGUAUUGUUCAAAGAUAUUUGUUUCUCUUUGAAGGUUUGUUUCUGGUUUCACCCUCCAUCUCCAAGUGGUGAUAAAUAGUUGUGAUAAACAAACAAAAUGUGCUGUUCAAUGGAAAUAAAGACAGAUUUAUAUACAAUGGAAUACA